UCAUAAGCCUUUUUAUAUUGAUAGUAAAUAUAUUUUUUCACUUUAUAAUAAAAUGACUAUAGAUGAAUCAUAUUAUAAUCAUAAUUUUAAACCGUCUCUAUAUAAUUUAUUAAGAUUCGUUUCUUUUGAAACGAUAUAUGCAAAGUCGAAGCCUUGCUCCCAGACAAACUCUCCUCGAAAAGACCCAACUCCUGAUAAAUAUGCUGGUGGCGACGCAUCAUCUCCAAGAAAAUGUGAGUGUACCGUUCGGGACAGUUCUAAAACCACUACAGGAGAUCGUGGUAAGACCGGAGCAGGAGUAACAGGUUCCAGAACCGGUCGAGUUUGUUCUGGACACAAAGAGCCAGGGGAGCUCCCCGCAGGAGCUGUAAAUCCUGGAUUAUUGAGGCAUAUCCAUAAUGCAGCGCGAUAUCGUCUCCCUCAAUGUUUUGAAGGCGCAUGUGUCUCAGUAAAACAAGGCGCAAGUAAUAAUUGGGUUUUGGGUCAUACUUUAUCGUUUAGUUCUGUAUCGCCUGGUGGAUAUAAACUGCUUUUAUCAUAUGUGGAUAAAAAUAAACCUAUAGGACUGCCAUAUUUUAUAAUGGAAGCAGCACCUGGCGGGCAAAUGAGCUGUGAAAUGCGUGUAGGACCGACACAAGGCACAAGGGCCACCGUCGUAGCUCAGAUUGGUGAUGGGGAGUUCUAUAGCUUUGAGAGCAUAUUUGAUGCCUAUUUCAACAGUUUCACAGCGUCAAUAAUAGCUGUUAAUCGAGAAUUUAUAGCACUGCAUUAUUUACAGGCGGUGACGGAGCAGUUAUCUUUAGGAGCUGAAAUAGUAGCGAGGGGUUAUGGAGCAGAGUUAAGUUCAGCGUCCGGCGCAGGGCGAUGGGCGAAUGAAGAUCAUUCUAUCAGUGCUACACUUGGCAACCGUGGAUUAGAUUUAUGUUACGCGAGAGCUUUGAAACCAUUUUUAACGGUUGCUGCUAUGCUUGAGGUAGGUUUUUCCAUACGGCGGGCUGUAGCUACCCUGGCUUACGAAUGGCAUACCGACGACUGGACCAUGCGAGGGUCCGCAGACUCCGACGGGUUAGUCGGAGCGACUUUACAGCGAUCGUUGGGCGGUAAACGGGCCCAGUUGGCUUGCGCUAUUUCUGCGCUUUUAAACCAUCCUAACGAUAAAUUCAGACUGGGAUUUGGAGUUACUGCCGCGAUUAUAUAGAGGUUUACCUACUUAGAUGAUAUUGAAGCAUUUAUAAGUAUUUUGGACUUGAGUUAUAACGAAAAUAAACUGGUAUCGUGACUGUAGCUUAUUUUGUACAGGA